AUGGCGGACAAUACAACAGUUGCUGAAGUCCAGGUUGAUGAGGACGUGCAUUCCGACACCGAUGAUUCAGCCUAUGGCGGCGACUCCAUCACUGAAAACACGUCAAUUGCCAGCAGUGUGCUGAAAUACAAAUGGAAAAAUGGCCGGCGCUAUCACAGCGACAGAGCUGGAGAGUACAGCUUCCCCAAUGAUGAACAAGAACAGGAUCGUCUCGAUAUGGUCCAUCACGCCUUUACUCGGCUGCUUAAUGACCGCCUCUACUUAGCGCCUAUCGAGCCAGAAGGCGCGAGGGUACUUGAUAUCGGCACAGGAACUGGUCUCUGGGCAAUACAGUUCGGCGACGAAUACCCAUCCGCCACUGUGAUCGGAAACGAUAUCAGUCCAAUCCAACCAGAUUGGGUCCCUCCAAAUGUCAGGUUCCUCGUUGAUGACGUUGAGGCCGACUGGGUAGAUGCGGUGCCUUAUGACUACAUCCACUGCAAAUACAUGGCUGGUUCUAUCAAGGAUUGGCCACGGCUUAUCAAGCAGGCCUAUGCCAAUUUGAAGCCUGGAGGAUGGAUCGAGUUUCACGAAACAGCCAGCACGCCAUAUUCUGAAGAUGGCUCGCUUCAACCGGACAACGCCUUGGUCCAGAUGAUGGAACAUUUGACGGUAGCCUGUGAAAAGAUUGGUCGAACGAUGGAUCCUGCACCAUCCUUUAAACAGUGGGUUGAGGAGGCUGGAUUCGAGAACGUCAAGGAAGAAAAGUUCAAGCUUCCUAUCGGUCCUUGGCCAAAGGAUGAACGUCUGAAAGAAAUUGGCACGCUUAUGGGAAUCAACAUGAUUGAGGGAGUCGCUGCAUUCACUGCCGUGUUGUUUACUGAAGUACUUGGAUGGUCUCGUGAGCAGGUCGAGCUAUUCAAUGCUCGAGUCAGACAGGCAUCACGACAGCGAUCAGUCCAUCCGAUUUUUGAUUGUUUGGUAGUCACUGGCCAGAAGCCAGCGUAA